UUUCCCGCUCAUAAGAAAAUCUGACUCACAAUCAUACAUAGGUCUGUUUACACUUGCAAGUUAGACAACAGGCAAUAAACUCGUGUUACGGUGGUCACACGUAGCUUCUACUCACUGUUCCAGCAACAUGGCCAGAGGAGGGCACCGGGAUAAAGCCUAUUUGCGAAAGUUGCUACGUAAAGCCGAAGAACACUGUGAUGGAGACGACUAUGACCAGGUGUCUGAGCUCUACCGAAACAAGCCAUCCUCCUACUUCAAAAACAUUCGUAGACACCACGGUAACAUCAUGGUACCGUAUGUUAAGGACGAUGGAGGGGAUCCGCGCUGUCCAAUAAACGGGAGACUUGAUGGUCUCUUCUUCGGGGUGACGCUGUACGGGGGUGAUCUUCCAGACAUGUCGCCGUUCGGAAACACCAGAGUGAUAGUACCACUUGAUGAACUCUUUGAUGAUACAGCAAACCUGUACUUUGCUGAUUUCUACUGCAAGCCUUCACGCAAACACAUCCAUUACGUGACCUUGGUACUUACAGAUGCGGGAUCACAAGCAGACCGUUUCUGUAGGGGACACCUCAUCAAGCUCGAUCCGUACAACAACAAUUAUUUGUGGAAAGAUGAAUUUUCUGACACAUACAUGACACUGGACCAAUUUAAAGUGCAGGUGGAGGUCAUGUAUACAGAGAGUAUUGACAUGUCCCAUCGACAUCUCACCUCUAUUCCCACCAUUGGUCAAGGUCACAGCACGCCAGGAGGAAUAAGCAAGUCUGAAAAUUGUGACAUAUGCAAUGUCUGGUGAUGACGUUUUAAUGGAUUGGUGGUGGUCAUACUUGAAAGUGAUAGGACCGAAAUAUUUCCAACUAUGGCAACUGAGCUGAGUGAUCAGCAUUCCUGGAUAUUGCUUUAACCCUUAUGGUCGAUACCCAAGACAAAACGACUCUGAAGUGCAUAGAUUUAAAAGUGCCAUGAAAAUCAACAGAGGGA